GUAAUUUGUUUGCACCAAAGGUAGACAUAUAUUGAGGCUAAUAGAGCCUACCCUAUACAAGAAUCUGAUUGAUGCCAUGCCAUACCCAACUUUCUCUGAAUAACUCCUCAUCACUGACACAUUCAGCUACCUAUGUAACUAUGUCUCUUCUCUCUCUCUCUCUCUCUCUCAAACUCAAUGAUAAAUGAGGAAACUUUGAAUUGAAAACGUGGCGCAGAAACUAGAACAACAAGGAGAGAAUGGGUCAAGGUCUUAGUUGCAGAGGGAGUCAUGAACAUGGACUCUUUCGUGCUGUCCAACAUGGUCAUCUUCAAACUGUUGUUGCUCUGUUACAGACACACCCUUCUCUUAUUCAUCGUACUACUGUUUAUGACCACCAUUCCCCUCUUCAUAUUGCUGCUGCUAAUGGUCAGAUCCAGGUUUUAUCUAGGCUUUUGGAUGGAUCUGCAAAUCCAGAUGUGUUGAAUCGACAGAAGCAGACCCCGCUUAUGUUGGCAGCGAUGCAUGGAAAAAUUGAUUGUGUGGAAAAGCUACUUGAAGCUGGUGCUAAUGUUUUAAUGUUUGAUGUCUGUCAUGGAAGAACCUGUUUGCACUAUGCUGCUUACUAUGGUCAUUCUUCGUGUCUUAAAGCAAUACUUUCUGCUGCUCAAACUAGUCCCGUGGCUGCUUCGUGGGGGUUUUCGCGGUUUGUGAAUAUUAGAGACGGUAGGGGUGCUACACCGUUGCAUUUAGCGGCUCGUCAAAGACGGUCUGAAUGUGUGCAUACUUUGUUGUGUAGUGGAGCUCUUGUUUCUGCUUCAACUAGCAGAUAUGGAUGUCCCGGGAGCACUCCUCUUCAUCUUGCAGCAAAAGGAGGAUCUCUGGAUUGCAUCCGCGAACUAUUAGCAUGGGGUGCAGACCGUCUUCAACGCGAUGCAUCUGGGCGUAUACCAUAUGUGGUUGCUCUGAAGCACAAACACGGAGCAUGUGCAGCAUUGCUAAAUCUUUCAUCCGCACAGCCUCUUGUCUGGCCGUCGUCAUUGAAAAUUAUCAGCGAGCUUAAUCCGGAGGCUAAAACUUUACUAGAGCAGGCUUUGAUGGACGCAAACAGAGAAAGGGAGAAAAACAUAUUGAAAGGAAGUCCUCACUCUCUUCCGUCUCCAUCACACCCUCAUCUGAUCGACGACAACAUCUCUGAGGUUAGCGAGACGGAACUAUGCUGCAUCUGCUUUGAGCAAGUGUGUACGAUUGAAGUCCAAGACUGUGGCCACCAAAUGUGUGCACAAUGCACACUAACACUCUGUUGUCACAACAGGCCGAACACAUCGACUUCUCAACCAACCCCACCCGUUUGUCCAUUCUGUCGAAGCGCCAUAUCUAAACUGACGGUUAUCAAGAUAGAAACUCAGGAAGACAUAGAUCAAGACGGUACACCUGAUACCACUUAUUUCAAGCCAAGCAAGUCACGGAAAUAUCGAAACAUGAACGAAGGCUGCAGCAGCAGUUUCAAGGGAAUGUCCAAUGUAAACUCAUACGGAAAAAUGAACGGCCGUAGCUCCGGUAUGAUUGCUUCCGAAAACGAGUGGAUUGAUGAUAAGCCACAAUGAUGCUACUGCUGCUGAUGUUGUAAAUUGUAAUGUCAAUCCAUUAAAAUUGAGAAAAAUCUUAUUUCUCAUAAGAUGAGGUCUAAGAAAGACCAUAAAGAAAAUGUAUUGUGUAUUAUUUGCUUCUGAAUGUAACAAGAAAAUGAGAAAUAAAAUAUGGAAAGGAGAAAAGCAUGGUUCUAUUAUUGGAUUCAUGUGAUUAUGUCUA